GCCAUCUACAUGUUCUACGCUCUGGCUAUCAUCUGUGACGACUACUUUGUCCCUUCACUGAAGAAGAUAUCUGAGAACCUGCAGCUCAGCGAGGAUGUGGCCGGAGCGACGUUCAUGGCUGCGGGGAGCUCCGCCCCUGAGCUUUUCACCUCUCUUAUCGGAGUCUUCAUCACGAAAGGUGAUGUUGGGGUGGGGACAAUCGUGGGCUCUGCUGUCUUCAACAUCCUGGUCAUCAUCGGGCUGAGUGGAAUCUUUGCAGGACAGACUGUGGUCCUGACAUGGUGGUCCCUGUUUAGAGAUUCCUGUUUCUACAUCCUGUCUGUACUCGCACUCAUCAUGGUUAUCUAUGAUGACCGAGUUGUCUGGUGGGAGGCCCUGAUCCUCAUGACCAUGUACGGGAUCUACAUCAUAAUCAUGAAGUUCAAUUCUCAGAUCUCGGUGUUUGUGAUGCGUCAGUUUAGGAGUGGCGGACAGUGCUGCCGCCGAUCGGAGGGAAGCCAAGAGAACAAGAUGGGAGACGAGGCGGUGCCUUGUAACACCUCCAUGGUGCUCCUCAACAAAGGGCAGGGUCACGGUCAGGAGCCUCCCCCGGUCAUCAUGGUGGAUGAGCUACUCAUCCUCAGCCCCCACAAACUGUCCUUCUCAGAGGCCGGCCUGCGGAUUAUGAUCACCCCACACUUCCCACCGCGCACCAGGCUCUCCAUGGCAGGACGCAUGGUCAUCAGUGAGAGACUGAGGCUGAUCAGGAGCUCCAAACACCAGCAGGACGGCGAGGCUGCUGCAGGGUCAAGAAAAGGGUCGACUGCGAACAGCCUGAAGGGUUUCUACAGUCUAGAAAACGGAGGAGGGAGGCCUGGGAUAAAAGACGAGGAGUCCGGAAACAAACCAGGGGUCGAGGUGAGCCGGCCAGAAGACGAGGAAGAUGAAGAUGAGUAUUUUAGUCCGAUGCGCAUGCCAGGUGUCACAGGCAGCUGCUCCGCGUGGGUUAGGUGGGUGAUCACCUGGCCUCUGGGCAUCCUGCUCUACUGCACCGUGCCCAACUGUGUCCUGCCACGCUGGCACCGCUGGUUCAUGGUCACCUUUGUAGCCUCCACCCUGUGGAUCGCUGUCUUCUCCUACCUCAUGGUGUGGAUGGUCACCAUCAUCAGCUUCACAUUAGACAUCCCAGACUACAUCAUGGGUAUAACCUUCCUGGCAGCAGGAACCAGCGUACCAGACUGCAUGGCUAGCCUGAUUGUAGCUCGACAAGGCAUGGGGGACAUGGCAGUGUCGAACUCCAUAGGCAGCAACAUUUUUGACAUUCUGCUGGGUUUGGGCUUCCCCUGGGCUCUGCGUACCCUCGUGGUGGACCACGGAUCUAUAGUCUCCAUAAAUAAUAAAGGACUUGUUUAUUCUGUCGUCCUGCUGCUGGCUUCAGUGUUUCUGACUGUGUUGAGCGUUCAUCUGAACCACUGGAGGCUGGACCGCCGGCUGGGUCUGGGUCUGAUGUUUCUCUACGUUAUUUUCCUUCUCUGCUCCAUCCUCUUCGGACAGAUGUAA